GUCGAAGAUGCCAUUAUCCACUUCGACAAAGAAAAAUUUCAUCCGCGUCGGCAACGUAUUGUCGCUUCUGCUUCUCUUUGUUGCCAAUGCCGUUUCUCUAAAUUGGCAUCCUUCCCUUAUUGACAUCUACUACAAACAUUUGACAUACCUUUCUCCUUCUCUGAUUUUUGUCGGAAUAUUUGUGCUCGUGCUCUAUGUGUUAUUAUUUGGCUUUGUCUUUUAUGUGCAAUUUAGCAACGCUUUCAUCAUACAGCGAGUUGUGACAAGCACAGUAGGGUGCUUGCUCAUCGUUAGCAAUCUCCUCAUUUGUGGUUGGUUAUUUUCUUUGACGUCGGAAGAGUUUUACCUGAGCGAACUGUUUAUGUUCUUGGCCCUGUUGGUGACCCUAAGGUUUCACCACAACAUCGUC